GCUCCUAGUCUGACACCUUCCCUCGCUUUCCUCCGCCCGCCCACUGCCCCCAUAGCUGCCUGUGAUGCUGCCGCCCCCCGUCGUCCCGUGGCCCCACAAUGCCCCACAGCCCCGCGUCCAGCGAGGACGAACACCACAGUGCCAGCGAGUGUCCCGAGGGGGGCUCAGAGUCCGACAGCUCCCCAGACGGACCCGGGAGAGGCCCCCGGGGGACCCGGGGCCGGGGCAGUGGGGCACCUGGUAAGCUAGCCUCAGUCCGAGGCCUCCAAGGCCGUUCCAUGUCCGUCCCCGACGACGCCCACUUCAGCAUGAUGGUCUUCAGGAUUGGUAUCCCGGAUCUACACCAGACAAAAUGCCUUCGUUUCAACCCGGACGCCACCAUCUGGACCGCCAAGCAGCAGGUGCUGUGCGCCCUGAGUGAGAGUCUACAGGAUGUUCUAAACUAUGGCCUGUUCCAGCCGGCCACCUCAGGCAGGGAUGCCAACUUCCUGGAGGAGGAGAGAUUGCUGCGCGAGUAUCCCCAGUCCUUUGAGAAGGGGGUGCCCUACCUGGAGUUUCGAUACAAGACUCGAGUUUACAAGCAGACCAACCUGGAUGAGAAGCAGCUGGCCAAGUUGCACACGAAGACGGGGUUGAAGAAAUUCCUGGAAUACGUGCAACUCGGGACGUCCGACAAGGUGGCAAGGCUCUUGGACAAAGGGCUGGACCCCAAUUAUCAUGAUUCGGAUUCGGGAGAGACCCCCUUGACACUGGCUGCCCAAACUGAAGGAUCCGUGGAGGUGAUUCGAACCCUGUGCCUGGGCGGAGCCCACAUCGACUUCCGGGCGCGGGAUGGCAUGACCGCCCUACACAAAGCCGCAUGUGCGCGACACUGCCUUGCGCUCACGGCGCUCCUGGACCUUGGGGGCUCCCCCAACUACAAGGACCGCCGGGGCCUGACCCCUCUCUUCCACACGGCUAUGGUAGGGGGUGACCCUCGCUGCUGUGAGCUGCUGCUGUACAACAGAGCCCAGCUGGGCAUCGCCGAUGAGAAUGGCUGGCAGGAAACCCACCAGGCCUGCCAGCGGGGUCACUCUCAGCACCUGGAACACCUGCUCUUCUAUGGGGCUGAGCCUGGAGCCCAGAAUGCCUCCGGGAACACGGCCCUGCACAUCUGCGCCCUCUACAACAAGGAGACCUGCGCCAGGAUCCUGCUGUACAGAGGGGCCAACAAAGACGUCAAGAACAACAACGGCCAAACGCCCUUCCAGGUAGCAGUGAUUGCUGGGAAUUUUGAGCUGGGGGAGUUAAUCAGAAGUCAUCGAGAACAGGAUGUGGUGCCCUUCCAAGAGUCCCCCAAGUACGCAGCCCGGCGUCGCGGAGCCCAGAGCGCAGGGCUGACAGUACCCCCAGCGCUGCUCCGCGCCAACAGUGACACCAGCAUGGCCUUGCCCGACUGGAUGGUUUUCUCAGCGCCCGGGGCCUCCUCCUCAGGCACCCCCGGCCCAACCUCAGGGCCCCAGGGCUCGUCCCAGCCCCCAGCCCCCAGCACCAAGCUCAGCAGCGGGACCCUCCGAAGUGCCAGCAGCCCCCGCGGAGCCCGGGCGCGCUCCCCCUCCCGCGGGAGACACCCUGAGGAGACCAAGAGGCAGGCCCGAGGACGGCCCAGCUCCAGCGGGACGCCCCGAGAAGGGCCUGCCGGAGGCACAGGGGGCUCGGGGGGCCCUGGGGGCUCCCUGGGCAGUCGCGGGCGGCGGAGAAAGCUUUACUCUGCGGUUCCCGGACGCUCUUUCAUGGCCGUGAAGUCCUACCAGGCACAAGGCGAGGGGGAGAUCUCCCUGAGCAAGGGCGAGAAGAUCAAAGUGCUGAGCAUCGGGGAAGGCGGCUUCUGGGAAGGCCAGGUCAAAGGUCGAGUUGGCUGGUUUCCCUCGGAGUGCCUGGAAGAGGUGGCUAACCGCUCUCAAGAAGGGAAGCAAGAAAGCCGCAGUGACAAGGCAAAGAGGCUCUUCCGGCAUUACACUGUGGGCUCCUAUGACAGCUUUGAUGCCCCAAGCUUGAUGGAUGGCAUUGGCCCAGGGAGUGAUUACAUCAUCAAGGAGAAGACAGUCUUGCUGCAGAAGAAGGACAGUGAGGGGUUUGGGUUCGUGCUCCGGGGGGCCAAGGCGCAGACCCCUAUCGAGGAGUUCACCCCCACCCCGGCCUUCCCGGCGCUUCAGUACCUGGAGUCUGUGGACGAAGGGGGCGUGGCCUGGAGAGCUGGACUUCGCAUGGGCGACUUCCUCAUCGAGGUGAACGGGCAGAACGUGGUCAAGGUCGGCCACCGCCAGGUGGUGAACAUGAUUCGUCAGGGGGGCAACACUCUGAUGGUCAAGGUGGUGAUGGUCACCCGGCACCCAGACAUGGAUGAAGCCGUCCACAAGAAAGCUCCCCAGCAGGCAAAGCGGCUCCCACCCCCGGCCAUCUCGUUGCGUUCUAAGUCCAUGACCUCUGAGCUGGAGGAGAUGGUCUCCCCCUGGAAGAAGAAGAGUGAGUAUGAGCACCAGCCCGCGCCGAUGCCCAGCAUGGAGAAAAAACGCACCGUGUAUCAGAUGGCGCUCAACAAACUGGAUGAAAUAUUGGCAGCGGCUCAACAGACCAUCAGUGCCAGCGAGAGCCCUGGGCCUGGUGGCCUGGCGUCCCUGGGCAAACACCGGCCCAAGGGCUUCUUUGCCACUGAGGGGAGGAGGGGGGAGCCGCUUCCUGAUACAACACAGGAAGUUUUAGAGUGCUCAGUAAACCAGGUAAGCAUGGGCCUACUUGUGCUUACUUGCAAAUCUGUAGGGAACCAUUUCACACUUCCCCCCUCACUGCCUCAGAGAUUCUGGGCUGCGGAAGAUGACAGACCCUACCUAGCGCCCCCAGCCAUGAAGUUCAGCCGCAGCCUGUCUGUGCCUGGCUCGGAGGACAUCCCUCCGCCGCCCACCACGUCCCCACCUGAACCCCCUUACAGCACGCCCCCAGCCCCCUCCUCCUCUGCCGAAGGGCCGCCAGUGGCUUUGCCGGCUGCCUCCUCGCUGCCGCGGAAGCUAUUGCCUUGGGAGGAGGGCCCGGGACCCCCGCCGCCACCGCUGCCUGGACCCCUGGGCCCGCCCCCAGCUUCAGCCUUGGCCACCGUGAAGGCCAGCAUCAUCAGCGAGCUCAGCUCCAAGCUGCAGCAGUUUGGGGGCUCCGCAGUGGCCGGCGGAGCUCUGCCCUGGGCCAGGGGAGGCAGCGCAGGCAGCACCGACGGCCACCACGGGGGACCCAGCUACAUCCCUGAGAGAACAUCCUCCCUGCAGCGGCAAAGACUCUCCGACGACUCGCAGUCCUCGCUUCUCUCCAAACCGGUCAGCAGCCUGUUUCAAAACUGGCACAAGCCACCCCUGCCGCCACUCCCCACCGCGACAGGGGUCCCCCCUUCUGCUGCCGCCGCGGCCCCGGGGGCCACUUCGCCCGCGGCGUCCUCCUCCACG